AGAUGAAAGGCUGGGGCUGUCUGGCCCUGCUUCUGGGGGCCCUGCUGGGAACUGCCUGGGCCCGGAGGAACCAGGAUCUACACUGUGGAGCUUGCAGGGCUCUGGUGGAUGAACUAGAGUGGGAAAUAGCCCAGGUGGAUCCCAAGAAGACCAUUCAGAUGGGCUCUUUCCGAAUUAAUCCGGAUGGCAGCCAGCCAGUGGUGGAGGUGCCUUAUGCUCGCUCAGAGGCCCACCUCACAGAGCUGCUAGAGGAGGUAUGUGACCAGAUGAAGGAGUAUGGGGAACAGAUUGACCCUUCCACUCACCGCAAGAACUACAUACGUGUAGUGGGCCGGAGUGGAGAAUCCAGUGAACUGGACCUACAGGGCAUCCGGAUUGAUACGGACAUCAGUGGUACUCUCAAGUUUGCGUGUAAGAGCAUUGUGAAGGAAUAUGAGGACGAACUCACUGAAUUCUUUUCGCGAGAGGCUGACAAUGUUAAAAACAAACUUUGUAGCAAGCGAACAGAUCUAUGUGACCAUGCCCUGCACAUAUCGCAUGAUGAGCUAUGA